UCACAGAGCACCGGAAGCAUAUACGUCACCGUAAGUAAAAUAAAACAUACACAUAUAUAUAUUUUAAUGAGCCGAGAGUUUGCUGGAGAGCACAGGGUGGCCGAACAGCUGCUUGGUGAUUCCUGCCCCGGGUGAUUUUUAUGAGCCGAGAUUAGCAGCUCCAGGGAAGUUUGGCUUUAGCGCCUGUUGCCGGUGGUCAGAGCUGCUCUGCCUCCUGUCCGCAGAGAUAGGGCCCCAGUGUGGCCUCGGCUGAACCUGGGGCCUGCAGAGCCCUAGGGGUUUCACAGGGGCCUGAUGGUGGUGGGGGGGCGGACAGGCUUGAGAGAGAGGGACCUGGGGAUGAGGAGUGUCGCCCGCUAGGAGAGAGAACUCGGCUCUCAGGUGUGGGGACAGGCCUGCUGCAGAGUGGGCGUGGAGGGAGAGGACCCCAGGGAGGGGCGCCCGGCCCUCCAGUCCCCUAGAAGGGCUGGUGGUGGGGUCCAGGGUGUUUGGACAAGGAAACUCUUUGAAACUUCCCUCCCGUCCUGCUCCGGCCCUGGUCCCCUCCCCUCCAUAAAGCCAUUAGCUUCUGGUGCCGGCCCUAUCUCUGCUCCAUCUCUGGUCCCAGGCGGGCAUUCACAGACCUCCUGCCCUGGGGGACUGGAGGAUUUAUGGGGCGGGGGAGGGUCGGGGAGGGCGCGAGGUCUGUUAGGAAAGCUGGGUGUGGGGGAGCUGUUAGUGGCCGGCCAGGCCGGAUCAUUUCCGAGCCGGCUCUGCAUGACAAAGGGGCAGGGGCGAGCCCUGGCUUUGAUCUGCCCCCCACCCCACGCCGCCCGCCACCUGCCUGUUGGUGUCCCCGCCCCAGCUGGGACCUCCCGAAGAAAAGCCCGGAGGGGGUGGGGACAGCUGUGGCCCAGCACCCCCGGGCCCUGCUCGGCCACCUUCCUCUCCCGGUGGCCCCAGAACAGAAAUACCUCCUGGGCUGAUGACCCAGAAGCCCUGCCGCCCCCUCCGGGAGAGCCAGGAAGCCCUGCGCUGAGCGGGAGCCCCGUCUCGGAAGCCGUCGGUCCCCGGGGUCAUCCCCGGCCCUGGGGGGGGCGGGGCGCAGGCGGACCAUGCCCAGCCUGCCGGCCCUGCUCGCCUUGCUGUUCGCCUGCUGGGCCCCGCUCCGAGCCGCAGCCAGCUCCUGGUGGUCCUUGGCGAUGAGCCCGAUGCAGAGACCCGAGAUGUUCAUCAUCGGGGCCCAGCCCGUGUGCAGCCAGCUCCCGGGGCUGUCCGCCGGCCAGAGGAAGCUGUGCCAACUCUACCAGGAGCACAUGGCCUACAUCGGGGAGGGCGCCAGGACGGGCAUCAGGGAGUGCCAGCAUCAGUUCCGGCAGCGCCGGUGGAACUGCAGCACGGUGGACGACGCCUCUGUCUUUGGGAGAGUCCUGCAGAUCGGGAGCCGGGAGACGGCCUUCACCUACGCCGUGAGUGCGGCCGGGGUGGUGAAUGCCAUCAGCCGCGCCUGCCGUGAGGGCGAGCUGUCCACCUGCGGCUGCAGCCGGGCCGCACGGCCCAAGGACUUGCCCCGGGACUGGCUGUGGGGCGGCUGCGGCGACAACGUGGACUACGGCUACCGCUUUGCCAAGGAGUUCGUGGACGCCCGCGAAAGGGAGAAAAACUUCGCCAAGGGCUCGGAGGAGCAGGGCCGCGUGCUCAUGAAUCUGCAGAACAAUGAGGCAGGCCGCAGGGCCGUGUACAAGACCGCAGACGUGGCCUGUAAAUGCCACGGCGUCUCUGGGUCCUGCAGCCUCAAGACCUGCUGGCUGCAGCUGGCCGAGUUCCGCAAGGUGGGGGACCAGCUGAAGGAGAAGUACGACAGCGCGGCCGCCAUGCGCAUCACCCGCCGCGGAAAGCUGGAGCUAGUCAACAGCCGCUUCAAGCCGCCCACCCCUGAGGACCUGGUGUACGUGGACCCCAGCCCGGACUACUGCCUGCGCGACGAGAGCACGGGCUCGCUGGGCACGCGGGGCCGCCUGUGCAACAAGACGUCCGAGGGCCUGGACGGCUGUGCGCUCAUGUGCUGCGGCCGCGGCUACGACCAGUUCAAGAGCGUGCGGACCGAGCGCUGCCACUGCAAGUUCCACUGGUGCUGCUUCGUCCGCUGCAAGAAGUGCACGCAGGUCGUGGACCAGUUCGUCUGCAAGUAGCGGGGCUGCCGCCCGCUCCUCCGAGCCGGGCCCGGAAGUCUAUGGGAUAUAAAUCUAUAUAAAUAUAUUUUAUAUUUGUAUAAAGGAAAGGCUGGAUGGUAAAUAAUUAAAAGAAGACAACAGAAAGGAGAAACUUAUUUAA